AUGGGAAAAAAACAAUUGGAAUUAAGGUCGCUUGAUAGAAAGAAUUAUGAAACAUUUCGAAAGUUAGUUAAUGUGAUCUUACCUAUAUCUUACCCUAGCAGUUAUUUCUUAGAAUUGGUUACAGCAAACACCGGCGACAAAAAUGAGAUAUACAUACCAAUCAGUAAGCUAGCCUUUAUUGGGGAUGUUUUAGUCGGAGGAAUAACUUGUAAAUUAUUACCUAAUAGAAUGGGGCAUGUCAUUCCGGAAGGUAUCUACCUUGAGCUUAUUGUUGUAAAGCAAUGCUGCCAAAAUAAAGGCGUUGGUAUAAAGUUACUAAAUUAUGUUGAAGUUGAAUGUAGGACCUAUCUUCUACAUUAUAUAUAUUUACACGUAUCUAUAAAUAAUAGAAAGGGGAUUGAAUGGUACAUGAAAAGAGGGUUUGAGAAGAUAGAAUUCGAGUUACCUGGCUAUUAUAAGCUCGGCAAUCAAAAUGUUACUGCUAUCAUAAUGAGGAAAUAUGUUCAUUAA